AUGCCUCGAGAGGAACUUGGCCAUAAAACAAAGAAUAAUGGAUUGGCAACCAAGGACAGAGAAAAGGGAAAUAGCAGACAAAGAAGACGAUGGGGAGAUGACAUCAUUUCUGGUGAACUCAGAUCUCAAGAUGGUCUGAUGAGAGAAGUGCGCCAGGCGCUGGCUCGCAAUGGACGCCAUUUCCGAGCAGCAGAAGAUCACAUUUACUGUGGAGUAGUACUGGAGCAAAAUAGAGAGUCAGUAUGUGGAGUAAUUCCAGGAUCAAAAAGAAAUUUGUUCGUCAGGAAAGAAGCAGCUAGUGAAUUUUUAGAGAGGGGUGUCCAAGGCUUAGCCGAGGAAUGCUGUGGAGAAGGUUGUACCAUCGAAGAAAUCAGUGAGAGCUGUUAAAAUCGUUUCUGUAAGACAUCUGUCGCCUGAGUUUCCAUACUACAAAAACCCAAGCAACAAGCCUUUGACAUGUUCACCAAACUGGUUAGGUUAUUCGAUUUACAUUGUUAUAACACAUUUUGUGAGGGUUUUGCACGCUCACGAAGUGCCUUUUUCAACUGCAAACUUGAGGUCUUUAAAGUACAUUUUCAAGCGGAGUAGUCGAGAUUGGCAUAUUGCAUACUAUUGUAUGAACUAGAAUUAUUAACGCUCAAGAAGUGCCCCUUUCCAUCUGCAAACUGAUGAGGUCUAAAGUGCAUUUUCAGCCGGGAUGGUAGGGGAGAUUGGCAUUAGUAUAGACCAGCCUACUAUAACCCUGUUUUACUCUGUAAUUGUUUAUGUUUGAACUGAUUUUUUUUUGUAAAUCCAAUGUAAUUUUAACCGUUGCAACCGAAUUGAAUGUUCAUAAACCAUGAAUAACACAAAAUGAAUUUCCAGAUUGAUUAUCAAUCCGUAGGCCCAUAUUAAUACAGUUAGUGUGUGCACUAUUGAGAUCGUGCUCAGUAAUUGUAAGGUUAUUGGUCCGGGUGGUCAGUUUGUCAAAGGGAAAUAAAAACAGCGUUUAGACUGUGACAGGAAUAAACAAAUAGUUUGUUUCGUCUUUAUAUAAUUUUUUUGACAUAUUUUUGUUUCUGUUAAAAAUUUUCUAUUUAUAUAAUUUGCUUUGCUUUUGUUUGGGGUGAUAUAAAAGAAAGUGAACAUCGGUGGGUUAGCGCAGCAUGCAACGCAUUGGAGGAGUUGGUUGUUUCUUUGAAACUGAAGGCAAAACUCAAGACAUUUGGUCCAUCUUUGCACUUAUUUAUUUCAAUCUUAAAACAGAUAUCUUUCAAUCGUACUUUAUUGUGAAAUUUUUACAUAUUCAGUAAAGCAAGUAACAACUUAAUAAGUAAACCACAUCGAAUUAAAUGUCCAAUAUAAACUCUGACGCAAGUCCCACCACCAUAAAUGUGACGGUCCAACACCCAAACUGCUGGACUUUGAUUAUGGUGGUUUGCCUGAUCCCAUGAGUGAUGCACUAGGAUCCUUCCUCACUCUAACAAAACCCACUCUUUACAGAAAUCCAACACCAUGUGGUAACACAGCAGCCAAACUGUUGGACUCUGAUUAUAGUGGUUUGCCUGAUCCCAUGAGUGAUGUACCAGGAUCCUUCCUCACUCUAACAAAACCCACUCUUUACAGAAAUCCAACACCAUGUGGUAACACAGCAGCCAGACUGUUGGACUCUGAUUAUGGUGGUUUGCCUGAUCCCAUGAGUGAUGUACUAGGAUCCUUUCUCACUCUUUACAAAAAAUCAAACACCAUGUGGUAACACAGCAGCCAGACUGUUGGACUUUGAUUAUGGUGGUUUGCCUGAUCCCAUGAGUGAUGUACUAGGAUCCUUUCUCACUCUUUACAAAAAAUCAAACACCAUGUGGUAACACAGCAGCCAGACUGUUGGACUCUGAUUAUGGUGGUUUGCCUGAUCCCAUGAGUGAUGUACUAGGAUCCUUCCUCACUCUAACAAAACCCACCACCAUACCCAACUCAACAACCAACCUAUUAGACUCUGAUCAAUAACUGAUCCUAAGAAAAAGUGAAACAUAACCAGUUCGAUAGCACUAUCCCAUGGGUGGAUUUCACAAAGAGUUAAGACUAGUCUUAUCUCGAGUUAGGGCGAGUUACUCGUUCUCACUUAGGACUAU